AAAAGGAAGAGGAGAGGAGUCAGCUUCAAACGCGUGCACUCUAUCAGCAGCAUCAGCUGAUCAGUGAUAACACGAGAGCAGCAGGGAGGGACGCCGCUGCUAUAUAAAUAUGUCUCCUCUCCUCGCCCUCCUCUCCUGCUGCCUCCUGGCCUGUUCAGUGGGGUUUGCCGAGGGCAGGUAUGAGCCCACCUGGAGCUCCCUGGACACGCGGCCGCUGCCCAGCUGGUAUGAUGAGGCCAAGGUGGGCAUUUUCCUCCACUGGGGCGUGUUCUCCGUGCCCUCCUUCGGCUCCGAGUGGUUUUGGGAACGCUGGCAGGAGAAACAAUGGCAGCCGUACGUAGACUUCAUGAAGAAGAACUACCCGCCAAACUUCAGUUACCAGGAUUUUGGGCCCCAGUUCACAGCAGAGUUUUACAACCCCAAGGAGUGGGCGGAGCUGUUCAACGCUUCGGGAGCACGUUAUGUGGUGCUGACCAGCAAGCACCACGAGGGCUUCACACUCUGGCCCUCAAAGCACUCCUGGGGCUGGAACAGUCUUGAUGUGGGCCCAAAGAGAGACCUGCUGGGCGACCUUGCUUAUGCCAUUAAGUCGCAGACACCACACAUCCACUUUGGGCUGUACCACUCCCUCUUUGAAUGGUUCAACCCUCUUUACCUGAAGGACAAGGACAACAAGUUCCUCACAAAUGAGUUUGUCACUCAGAAAACCCUCCCAGAGCUGUAUGAAUUAGUCAACAAUUACCAGCCAGACGUGGUGUGGAGUGAUGGUGAUGCGGAUGCUUCUGAUAAGUACUGGAAUUCAACACACUUCCUGGCAUGGCUGUUCAAUGACUCGCCUGUUAACCAGACUGUGGUGGUCAAUGACAGGUGGGGCAGUGGCAUCAUGUGUCACCACGGCUCCUUCUACACCUGCCACGACAACUUCAAUCCAGGAGUGUUACAGCCACACAAGUGGGAGAACUGUAUGACUGUUGACCGUCGCUCUUGGGGCUUCCGCCGAGAGGCAGCUCUGGCAGAUUACCGCACCAUACACGAGCUACUCACAGAAUUGGCCUCGACCAUCAGCUGUGGAGGCAACAUGCUGCUGAACGUUGGCCCCACCAAGGAAGGCCGCAUCUGCCCCAUCAUGGAGGAGCGUCUGCGGCAGAUGGGCUCCUGGCUGGCCAUCAACGGGGAGGCCAUUUAUGGCAGCCACCCAUGGAGGAUCCAAAAUGACACCCAGACGCCUGGAGUCUGGUUCACCAGCAAGGGAGACACAGUAUACGCCAUUGUGCUAGAGUGGCCGCAAGAGAAUGUUCUGGCCCUUGCUUCUGUCAGAGACACGCCACAGACCAGCAUCACCCUCCUUGGCUACACCAGCACCCCGUACACCCUCGACGUCAGGUUCCGAGGGACGGAGGACGGGAUCAAGGUGAUGUUCCCCUCCAAGGCUGACGUCAAGGUGGAGUGGGCGUGGGUCCUGGCCAUGAAGAAUGUCCUGCCAUCCCCCGGGGCACCCCCACCACCCACAGUCAUGUCCCAGCCACACCCCAAUGAUAUAUCAGAGGGUUAAAGUCAGACCGGAGGUGGGGAUGAGGGGGUCCUGAAGCCUCCAGCCAUGCCAGCACAAUUUAGGGAACACCAUAUACUCGUCUAAAUCUAAGUGUUGUUAAGAGUUGAUUCUUCAAGCUAUGGCAAGCCUAUGAUGUGUUCAAUUAAAGAAGUAAAUUGAACUCCCUAAAAAGUAGUACAUUCACGUAAAAGUUGACAUUCCAAUUUCUUGAAAAGCCUUUAAUAACUAGACGUUACAUGAGUAUGCUUGUUAUGUUUGCCAGUUUGUACACAGCCUUCCACUAACACUCAUGUCAGAACAAAACGUUUCUGGGAAAUUGAGCUGAGCUAUAAAAGUGAACUUAGGAUAAAGGACAAUUAUUAUUAUUAUUUUUAUAUUUUUUAUUAUUUUCCAAUUUUUUAUUUACUAUUUAAAAAAAAAAUUACGUGCUGACCUGUAGCGCUGGUAGGAUUUCUUGAGGGGCCUGGUGGUCAGCCCCAGCCCUUUGUGGCGCAGGCAGGUGUUUAUAGUGGCGCCAUCUUUUCUUGGCUCAUGCUGCCCCCCGGAGCUUGUUCUUGAUUCACUUGGACAGUUUCCUCUUAACUCCAGAUUGAUGGGUGGUCUCUAGGACAGCAUGUGGGUAGUCUUAGGCCACUCAGCGGUGACUGAAAAAUCCCAGGUGGUAGCGGCGGAUUCGAACCAGCGUCAUCCAGAACACUAACCACUGAGCCACCGCCAGCCAGGCUACCUUUCAUGCCUCAGUUCAGUUUUCAAGAGCAACUUUCUUCCUGAUAUGAGUAUGACUUGUUAGAAUGCAUACAAAUUGAUUAACAUCUCCUUUGCACUAACAUUCCGUGACUUUUGACAUCUGACCGUCCAACCUCCUGCAGCUACUGUGAAGUCCAUGCACUCAGAUUACUUUCAAUAUUGUAUAAUGACUGACCCGCCUGGUGCAGAAAGCCUCCCAAACUCACUCUGCGAGUGGGUUACCUCCUUGGCAGACUGGUUAAAGGGUGACUUUCCUAUCUUGCCAGUUGCAGUUCGAUCCCUGGCACCAUUAAACCCUUCUGAGUCUGGACUAGUAUCUUGUGUGUUUUGUGACAAGCAGAGGUCAUGUGGAGGUAUGAAUUCAGUGGCAAUACAACUGUAGGCUAAUGCCUACUUAAUUUUUUUCAGCCAUGUUCAAGCCAAAGAAUUGUUUCUGUCUACUUAAUGGAAGCUGUUCAAAAGAAAAUGAAAAAAAAAAGAAAGAUUAAUAAGUAAACAAGAUUAAAACUAAAAGUAAAUAAGUAAAGGUUGUCAGAAAGUGCCUUUAACAAUUUUUACACAUGAUUCCAGUUAGUAUUCAUAUCAGGAAAAUAUCCACUCAGGAAAAUACAUCUGAAAUAGAACAAUUAACUGUUAUCAAAACAAAACAAAACCUUUGCUCUAACAGUGGCGUGGGUUGGAGGGAGGAGGUGAAUGAUGCACAAAGCUGGGUGUGUUUUGUGGCUGACUGGUUGAGCUUAGGGAAGGAGAGGAACAAGGGUGCUCUAGUGAAGAGGGAGGGAGAGCAAAUAUGUUUUUAACCCAUGUGAUAAUUUAGUUUUAUCAUUAUUCUCUUAUAUGUAUAUAGAGUAUUGGCACAAGAAAUUUAUUUGAGUUGUUUUAUGUAUCAAGCCAAUGACAAGGCUAUGAUGUGUUGUUAUAGUUUUCAAGUAUUGCUCCCGGUUCCCAUGGAAGAUUUAUUCAGCUAUAAAGUCUGUGAUCGAGGUGAAGUUCAUAUUUUUCUUCAGUAUUACAAAUAAUUAUUUUUAGAGACAUCCUUACAAUACUCAUCCACUUUGACUGCAUUUUGUUCAUUCAGUUUGUACUGCACUGUUUGGCGAGUGUAUUUUUGUAUACAACACAUUACACAGGUGGAGCUGCAGUUUUUACAAGGUUCAUCAAGGGUAUGGAAUACAAUAUCUCGUGUGCCAUUUCACAAGACUUUUAGUCCAUACUCUGCUGUCACAGUUUGAUGAAUACAUAACCAGAUAUAAGUAUUUUUGGGAUAUGCAUGUUGUUAUGAUGAUGUAUUCAGGACACAUAUGUUGCAAUAAAAAGCCUUACAUAUA